GCAUCAGGUAUCAGGAUGGUCCGGAUCUUUGGGUCGAUGGACGGCAGGUGUGCUCGGUUCGUGGAGCGACACAAGUCUGCGCUGAAUUUUGCGCUCCUGGUCGUCGGUUACAUCCUUUACCUGCUCAUCGGCGCCGGGAUCUUCUCCGCCAUCGAGCAGCCCUACGAGACGGAGCUCCGCAGGGAGCUGAAAGAGGCUCGAGAGGACUUCCUGAGCAACCACACCUGUGUGUCCGACGCACACCUGGAGAAGCUGCUGGUCCGCGCGCUGGAGGCCAGUAACUAUGGAGUGACCGUGCUGGGGAACAACUCCACCGAGAGGAACUGGGACUUUAUAUCCUCCCUGUUCUUCACCAGCACCGUGCUGACCACCACAGGUUACGGCCACUCUGUUCCUCUCUCAGAUGAAGGGAAGGCCUUCUGUAUCUUCUACUCCCUCUUCGGCAUCCCCGUUACCCUCUUCUUCCUCACCGUUGUGGUGCAGAGGAUUAUGCUCCUGGUGACUGUACGUCCGGUGUCCUAUUUCCACCGUCGAUGGGCCAUGUCUAAAUCGAAGCUGGCCGCCAUACACGCCACCUGCCUGGCCAUCCUCACGGCCUUGUUCCUGCUCAUCAUCCCCGCGUGGAUCUUUGUCAGCCUGGAGGAGGACUGGGACUUUCUGGAGUCUCUGUAUUUCUGUUUCAUCUCUCUGACGACCAUUGGCCUCGGGGAUUACGUCCCCGGAGAGGCCCAGAAUAAAGAGGCCAACCCACACCCACAGCUCUACAGGCUGGCCAUUACAGUCUACUUGCUGCUGGGCUUGGUGUGUGUCCUGGUGGUGCUGGAGACGUGUUGCGAGCUUCCCCAGGUGAGACGCCUCAGACAGAGGUUCUACCAAGACAAAGUUCGGGAGCUGGACUCCGAGACAACCAACAUCAUCGACCAGGAUCACCUGAGCGACCAGCUGAGCGACCCCUCGGAUCACGUGACGGAUCACCUGCCAGUCAUCACUUCUGUGUCAGAACAGGCUGCGACGCUACGGCAGGACGGCAAGUCAACGCCUUACACCCCAGCACCAGGAUCUGAUGUUAACGGCAAACUGAGAUGACAGAUUGUCUAGAAAACGUGGUCUAUAAACAUGUGCUCCUGCUCAGGACAUACCAGCUUUGACCUCUAAAUGUGUAUGCAUGAGACUCUGCACACUUGUGUGUAUAUCUACAUGUAAGCUGGAUCACUUAAAAACCAGCUUUCUGUUAUUGCCAACACCAACAGACGUGAGUGGCGUAAAAGCAGGAACCACCCACAGCCUAUCAGGAUGGCAUUGUUUUCUUCUUCCCUGUUGCUCCAUUCCUUGCAGAUAAGAGCUCGAUCUGUGACACAGAGGAAGGGCCGGGCCCCCGAACGGAGGGAAACCCCACAAGGUUCCUCUUCCUGCAAAAGUCUUGAUGCCAUAAUUCCAAAGCGGCACAGUUUGCUCCAGAGGAUUUCACACCGGCUCUUAGCACUUUAUAAUCUAUAGUGGUAUUUGCAUAGGAAAUUUGGAAGUAGUGUAGCAGCAUCAGGAUAAUCACACAUAUCAUCAGUUGGCCUACUGUGCAUUAUGUGCAACUAUUCCAAGAAGAAGAUCAUUAAUAUGAAUUGGGUGGACAAAAAAAAAAACAGUCAAUAUAAUACAAUUUUAACAGCAUCACAAACUGCAGCGUCCAUAAUGAUUAUAAAGUUGAAUCAACACUUUUA